AUGAAAAAUAUUGACGCUUGUGAAAAGUGGCUAGACAAUUGCGUAGUUCCUGCCACAGUUGCUCAAGAAGUAAAGAGAAGGAGCUUCAGGACAUAUUCAAGAUUCAAGGAUCUUGUGACUGGAAAAAAGAGGUGGUACAUGUUUUCUAAUGAAAAUGUACAAGAAACUUUUGUACCAGACAAUUUGCAAGAAUCUAUAGUAGACAGAGAUACGAGAGCAGUUCAGAAAUGUGCUGCAUGGUACACCAAACAUUUGGAGGGAAAUACAAAGGUUAUUCUAUUGAAUAAUGGAGAUAUUGAUGAAAGUUCUGCUGAUGUUGAAAUGGUAGACUCCUCAGACGUAGUAAUGGAGAGUCCAAGUUUACGUUGUGUUCGUAAAGGAGACUCAAAAGUUUCUAUACCUCUACUUGAGCCCAUGGAUCCCCUUGAUUCUGUAAAGGUUGUUCAAAUGACAAUUCACGAUUACGCCAAAACUUUGAAUGAUGAGAGUUGCAUGGAGUCGCUGGCGAACUUUGCUAGAAACACAAACAUGAUCGCCAAGGACGAAACAAAUGCAUAUUACCCCAAACAUUUGUCAGAAGCGGAAAUGAUGCGAGGAAAGGAAGAUGGAAGGUACUAUCAUGGCAUUCUACACCUCUACAUUGGAUCAUAUCAGAGAGGGUAUGUCGCCUGCAAUGGUCAUGAAUUCAAGGUAGAGGGUUUGCUCAAUUUGAACAGAGCAAUUGAUGGAGAUUUUGUCUGCAUUGAACUACUUGAAUCUGCAGCUUUGUCAGAAGUUGCGGAUAUUUCCGACGAUGUUGAUGCGUCUGUUGAUAUUUCUGAAGUUGCCCUGGAUGUUGCUCUUUUGGAUGGCGCCGAAGAUGCUCCAAAUAGUGGCACUCAAGGAGAUAAAUCUGCGCUUAAAAAAAUAUGUAGAGUUGUAGGAAUAUUAAAGAGAAACUGCAGGCCAUAUUGUGGUUCUCUGUUACCACUAGAAGGUGAUACAAGUGCAUCAGGAACCAUUGAACGCAUUUUUAUCCCAGUGGAUGUAAGAAUCCCAUUCAUAAGAAUAGAGACAAAAAAAUCUUCAGAACUUGAUCGAAUGCGUAUUGUUGUAAACUUUGACUCUUGGGACAGAUUUAGUAAACGUCCGAGUGGUCACUGGGUUGAAAUUUUGGGUCCCAUUGACGACAGAGAUGUAGAAAGCGCAGUUAUACUUAAAGAACAUCAAGUGAAGACAGAAGAUUUCCCACUUGAGGCUUAUAAAGAACUGCCGGAGCAGGACUGGAAGAUCCCAGACGAUGAACGUGCAAAAAGAAUGGAUUACACGAAAGCAUGCCUAUUUUCUGUGGAUCCUCCUGGAUGCAAAGACAUCGACGAUGCCCUUGGAUUUAAACGGCUAAAGGAUGGAAGUAUGGAAUUUUCGGUACACAUUGCAGAUGUAACAUAUUUUGUAAAACCAGGGUCUCAUUUGGAUCAAGAGGCUAGUGAACGGUGUACCACUGUCUAUUUGGUGGACAGAAGGACUGACAUGUUGCCAAGCUUACUCACAACAGACUUGUGCUCACUCGUCCCAGAGAGGGAGAGACUCGCAUUUUCAGUAAUUUGUAGAAUGAAUGAAAGCGGCGCAAUUUUGGAAACAAAGUUUGGCAAGAGUGUGAUAAGAAGUGUAAGAGCCUUUACUUAUAAAGAGGCUCAGGAUCUAAUUGAUGCAAAUGGUAAUGAUGAGAUUUCCGUAGCCCUAAAGGAGAUGAAUGCCAUGGCCAAGAAGCUCCGUGAAAUGAGAUUUAAAAGGGGAGCCAUCGAGCUUGGAUCCAGUGAUGUUAAAUUUGAAUUUGAUGCAGUAACAGUCAGCAAUGUUGAGUCUUACAAGAUUUAUGAUACAAACAAAAUGAUUGAAGAGUUUAUGCUUUUGGCAAAUGUAAUGGUAGCUAGCAAGAUCCAUGCGUCCUUCCCUAAGAGUUGCCUGCUGAGACGCCAUCCACCACCCGCAGAGGAGCGAUUGGAAGAUCUCAAGAGGCUUCUGGAAGAAAAGGGCAUAAAUUUCUUCAGCUUUGGAAAUUCGAAGGAGCUUAACGAAUCUCUUCAAAAGCUAACAAAGUUCCCCAAGGACUUCCUCAAUGCUGCACAGAUCCUAACUACCAGGUGCAUGUCCCAGGUUGGUCAUCUUCCAUCUCCACAUUCCCCUCAGGCGAUAUACAUAAACUCUAGCGACCUAGAGCUCGAACAGUUCAAGCACUAUGGGCUAUGCACUGACCUAUACACUCACUUCACAUCCCCAAUCAGGAGAUACGCAGAUGUUGUGGUUCAUAGGCUCUUAGCUGCAUGCCUGGAAAUCGAAUCUAUGGAUUGGAGACUGGACCUAACUGUACAGGCAGAAAAACUCAAUCGCAAGCAUAGAAACGCACAAUGGUGUGGAAGAGAGUCUAAGCGGAUGUUUGCGCACAUUUACUUUAAGGAGCAGGGUCCACAAGACGAUGAAGCAACUGUGUUGGAUAUUAUGGAAAAUAGAGUGUUGCUACUGUCAUCUAAAUAUGGAACAGAGGCAAUUGCAAGGGUAAAAGAUGCAGACUUUUGCAGCAAAACUCGAACACUGAGCAUAGCUGGCAAAAAAGUCGGUAUUUUUGACAAGCUAAAGAUUAAAAUAUACAAUGGCGUCAAACACUUUAGAAACGUCAUUGAAGCAGACAUUGUAAUGUAG